CACACGAACUUUCUUGUCAGGUUGCAACACUGGAAGGUGCGUGUGAAGUGCAGUGGCUGUGAAUCGAUGCAUAGGGAGAUGGUUCUUGUUCUCACUGCAGCCUCGGUUGUUGCCCAGAUUAUGCUUGUUCGGUGGAAGCAAAGACACUGCCGAUUGUUGGCCUACAAAUGGUUCCUCCUGAUCUAUAAGCUGAGUUAUGCAAAUGGAAUUGUGGGUUAUCUAGCCAUAAUGUUUACCACGUUUGGAUUUAAUCUGUUCUUUAGAAUCAAGUCUGAUGACUCCACGGAUUUUGCUGGGACACUGCUUUUUUUUGGACUGUAGUACGGAGUGAUGGGAAGAGACUUUGCAGAGGUUUGCUCCGACGACAUGGCCUUCGCCAUUGGUUUUUACAUCAGUGGCACACCAACAAGAAAUUUGUCCAAUGACAUCUGUGCAGUCCGCGGGCAGAAAAUUUUUGUGGAUAUAAAUGAAGAAGGGAUCAUUGAAAACACCUACCAGUUGUCCUGUUACGAUGUGUACUCGGUGCAGAGCCUGCGCGGGUGUGCCUGGCGGCACAUUGGACCCUUGGAUUCCUUAACAAUACACCUGAUACCAAGUUUCAUGAGUCCUGCAUCUGUUGUUGGCAAGAACCAGACUUACCCAUACUGCCCUGAGAAUGUUGAUUUGAAGAGGAUGUUAAGUAACCCAUACCCUCUCCCUAACAACUGUGGGAAUGCACACGUAUUGUAUGGACAACUUUUGGACUGGCUGUGCUAUCUGGUGGUUUGGCAACUGGUUGUUAUAGGCAUUGUCCAAGGCAUUAAUUACCCACUGGGUCUAGAAUAG